ACGCGGCUGGUGCGCUCCAACUUGCUGUUACCUGAGGCCGAGGCGGAGAAGUCCAAGAGGACGGUCCUGGCCAGCAACCGCCUCAAGACCACCAAGUACACGGCGCUCUCCUUCCUGCCCAAGAACCUCUUCGAGCAGUUCCACCGCCUGGCCAAUGUCUACUUCGUGUUCAUCGCGCUCCUGAACUUCGUGCCGGCCGUCAACGCCUUCCAGCCGGAGCUGGCCUUGGCCCCUGUCCUCUUCAUCUUGGCGGUUACUGCCAUCAAGGACCUGUGGGAGGAUUACAGCCGCUACCGCUCCGACAAGGAGAUCAACCACAUGGAGUGCCUGGUGUACAGCAGAAACGAGAAGAAAUAUAUAAGCAGAUACUGGAAAGAAGUGAAAGUUGGAGACUUUGUGCAGCUUCGCUGUAAUGAAAUUAUACCUGCUGACAUAUUGCUGCUCUCCUCAAGUGAUCCCGAUGGGCUGUGCCAUAUAGAAACAGCUAACCUGGAUGGUGAAACUAACCUAAAACAAAGACAGGUGGUGAGGAGGUUCUUAGAGCUGGACUCAGAAUUUGACCCGUUGAAGUUCACCAGUGUCAUUGAAUGCGAGAAGCCAAACAAUGACUUAAGUAGGUUUCGAGGUUACAUUGUCCAUAAAAGUGGAAAAAAGGAUGGACUGUUCAAAGAAAAUCUUUUGUUACGUGGAUGUACCAUUAGAAAUACAGAAGAGGUUGCAGGAAUAGUAAUCUAUGCAGGGCAUGAGACCAAAGCUUUGUUAAAUAAUAAUGGACCCCGUUACAAACGCAGUAAGCUUGAAAGACAGAUGAAUGCCGAUGUCCUUUGGUGUGUCCUCAUACUUCUAAUCAUGUGUCUGUUUUCUGCCAUAGGUCAUGGCCUAUGGGUAUGGCAAUAUGGUGAGAAGAAGAAACCAAUUUUUGAUGUUCCAGGGCCUGAUGGCAAAUAUUUGUCUCCUGUUUUAGCUUCAGUGUAUUUAUUUCUGACAGUGAUCAUAGUUUUCCAGGUUAUGAUUCCAAUUUCUUUGUAUGUAUCCAUUGAAAUAGUUAAAAUCUGCCAAGUAUACUUUAUUCAUCAAGAUAAAGAUUUAUAUGAUGAAGAAACAGACUCUCAGCUGCAAUGCCGAGCUUUAAAUAUCACAGAAGACUUAGGUCAGGUGCAGUUUAUCUUUUCAGACAAGACUGGGACACUUACUGAAAACAAGAUGGUUUUCCGAAGAUGCACUGUUUCUGGGAUAGAAUAUUCCCAUGAUGAUAACGCCAAACGCUUAGCGAUGUACCAAGAACCUGAUUCUGAGGAAGACGAGGCAGCCCCAAAAGGAGGAACUCUAUCCCAGCGUGAUAGUAUCUGCAGCCAUCAGAGCAUCAAAGUAAUCCACAGAAGCCAGAGCACCAAAACCCACCGGCGCACAGGUAGCAGAGCUGAAGCAAAAAGAGCAAGCAUACUCUCAAAGCACACUGCAUUCAGUAGCCCAAUGGAGAAGGACAUCACACCUGACCCGAGCUUGUUAGAAAAGGUGAAUGAAUGUGCAAAGCAUCUGGAGGUCAUGAGGAGCCAUGAACAGCCAUUAUCCCAUCUGAGUCCAGAAUUAUGUGACAUUUUUGACUUCUUCAUCGCUUUGACUAUAUGUAAUACAGUUGUGGUUACUGCACCAAAUCAGCCCCGACAGAAGGUUAGAGAUCGAUUUGAACUAAAAUCUCCAGUAAAAACCAUAGAAGACUUCAUACGAAGAUUCACUCCAAGUCGCCUGACCUCUGGAUCUAACAGCAGCAGUUCAUCUAGUCUAGCUACAAGCAAAUCAAUGCACAGAUUUGGUUUAAGUGUGCUUUCAUCUACAUCUACGGAUAGCGCUUUAUUAAAACUGGAAGAGAAGCUGGCGUACUCUGCGCAGAUGAAUAAUAAUGGCUACAGCUCCCAGCAAGGCCGGGCGGCUGUGGGGAGUGGACCUGAGGAAGGAGAACUCCGUUACGAAGCAGAGAGUCCAGAUGAAGCUGCUCUCGUUUAUGCAGCAAGGGCAUAUAACUGUUCUCUGGUUGGAAGGCUGUCUGACCAGGUAUCAGUGGAGCUACCUCACCUGGGAACAUUAAGCUUUGAAGUAUUACAUACAUUGGGCUUUGAUUCAGUCAGGAAGAGGAUGUCAGUAGUGGUCAGACAUCCUCUCACAGAUGAAAUAAAUGUUUACACUAAAGGAGCAGAUUCAGUUAUUAUGGAUCUUCUUCCACCGUGCUCUUCAGAUGACCCUCGGGGCAAACAUCAAAAAAAAAUCCAAAGCAAAACCCAGAAUUACCUUAAUCUGUAUGCUGUAGAUGGGCUGCGGACCCUCUGUAUUGCAAAAAGAGUUCUCAGCAAGGAAGAGUAUGCCUGUUGGUUAAAAAGUCAUUUAGAAGCAGAAUCCUCUAUUGAAAAUCGUGAAGAACUUCUGUUUCAGUCAGCACUGCGGAUAGAGAAGAAUCUGCAUCUGCUAG